CAUGCAGCCCGAAGCCAUUGCGGCGUUUAACCCACGGGCAACACCAUGAAGUUCUUUGCGAUUUUGGCUCUGGCGGCCCUCUGCCUCGCCCAAGUGGCCACCAGCGAGAAGUUGAUCAACUGCUACUGGGGCACCUGGGCGAACUAUCGUCCCGGGGAUGGCAAGUUCACGCCCUCGGACAUCGAUCCCUCCCUGUGCACCCACAUCAGUUACACCUUCUUCGGAAUUAGCGACGCCGGCGAGUUCAAGUCUCUGGACACCUGGCUGGAUAUGGACGAUGGACUUGCAUUCAUCAGCCAGACCAUUGCCCUGAAGCAGCGCAAUCCUAAUCUGAAGAUCCUGGCAGUCGUGGGUGGCUGGAACGAGGGCUCCACCAAGUACUCCGCCAUGGCUGCUGAUCCGACCAAGCGCGCCACCUUCGUCUCCACGACCCUGGCCUUUAUUCAGCAAUACGGCUUCGACGGUCUGGAUCUGGACUGGGAGUACCCUGGACAGCGCGGAGGCAGCGAGGCUGACCGUGAAAACUUUGUGACCCUUUUGCGCGAAAUCAAGGAAACCUUCGAUCAGUAUGGUUUGGAACUGGGAAUCGCUGUGGGUGCCUCCGAGAAGUCGGCUAGCAUCUCCUACGACAUCCCGGCCAUCUCCCAGCAUCUGACCUUUAUCAACGUCAUGACCUACGACUUCCACAUGGCCCUCGAUGGCUACCUGGGUCUGAACGCUCCCCUGCCCGAGGUUACCGAGUCCAUUGAUUACUGGCUGUCGCAUGGCGCCCCGCCAGAGAAACUGAUCCUUGGAAUUGGCUUCUACGGACACAGCUACCAAAUGGCCGACAGCUCGAAGAACUGGCCCGGAGCCGACUGCAUUGGACCGGGAUCGGCUGGUAUCUACACCCGAGAGAAUGGCUUCCUGGGCUACCAUGAGAUCUGCCUCAACAAUUGGCAAACUGUGUUCGACGCCGAGAACGGGGCUCCUUACGCCUUUUCUGGCGACCAGUGGAUCGGUUACGACAACCAAGAGAGCAUCCAGAUGAAGAUGCAGCUGGUUGAGUCCCGCAACCUGGGUGGCGCCAUGAUGUGGUCCAUCGAAACUGACGACUUCCGCGGCCUAUGCGGUGAAACCUAUCCCCUGCUGAAGACCAUGAACCGAGCUCUGGGCAAGGAUGUGAGCGGAGGAGGUGGCAGCGGAGGCGGCGGCAGUGCCACUCCAUCUUCGACUGCUGCUCCUACUGCUGCUCCCACAACUGCUACCACUCCAGGAGGUGGCAGCGGAGGUAACGGCGGUAUUGGCGGCGAAGGCUGCUCCACCGAUGGCUACUUUUGGCGGGAUAACAACUGCAACCUCUUCUAUCAGUGUUCUAAUGGAGUCCGCUAUGAUUUUGAGUGCGGAGCCGGCUUGUAUUUCAAUCCUUCCAGUGGGGGGUGCGCCUGGCCGGAUCAAGUCCCUAACUGCCCGUAUUAAAAAUACUAUCUAAUAAAUAAAUAAUUUGAGAAA